CAUUGAUGCAUGCUGUUGUCUUUGGUAAUGUGACGGCCAUCAUCCAGCGUAUGUACUCACGCCGUUCUCUCUACCACACACGUAUGAAGGACCUAAAGGACUUCAUCCGUGUCCACCGUCUGCCCCAGCAGCUCAAACAACGCAUGCUGGAGUACUUCCAAACCACGUGGUCUGUCAACAAUGGUAUAGAUGCCAAUGAGCUCUUGCACGACUUCCCUGAUGAGCUGCGGGCUGACAUCGCCAUGCAUCUGAAUAAGGACAUCCUCCAGCUGCCGGUCUUUAAGGGGGCCAGUCGUGGCUGCCUCCGCUCACUCUCACUCCAUAUAAAAACCUCCUUCUGCGUCCCUGGGGAGUACCUCAUCCGGCAGGGCGAUGCUCUGCAUGCCAACUACUUUGUCUGCUCUGGGUCUCUGGAGGUGCUGAAAGACAGCAUGGUGCUGGCUAUAUUAGGGAAAGGGGACCUGAUCGGGUCUGACUUGCCUGGAACAGACCAGGUGAUCAAGACCAAUGCUGAUGUGAAGGCCUUGACCUACUGUGACCUGCAGUAUAUCAGUGUACGAGGCCUGAGAGAGGUGCUGGAACUUUACCCUGAAUAUGCCAGCGUGUUUGCCUCUGACAUCCACAACAAUCUCACAUAUAACCUGCGUGAGGGCAGCCAGGACGAGGGUCUGAACAGGUUUUCAAGGUCACCCAGGCUCUCCCAUGAACCUAGACUUCCCCCUAUCGUGGAAACCAAGGGUGAUGACUCAGAUGACUCCUUCCACCUCUCUCCAAACACUCGCUCUCGCCGCAACCUCCUGCUGCCCAGCUUCAGCAGCCCCGUCCGCCGCACGUCUCUGGGGAACCUCCUGGGGGACGAGUUGCGGCAGUUCAACGCCCUGCGACGCUGCCGCUCUCCCAAUCUCAGCCGUGGCUUCCACGGGCAGAACUCGUCCCCUCAGCCACCGACCAAACGAGAGCACAGCACCCCCACAUCAGCCCUGGCCCCAGCCUCAACAUCAGGCCAGACAGAGUCAGGAGCUGAGCAAAGGCCUUCGAAGCUGCUCAUCCCAACUGUGACCUGCUUUGGACCCCCAGACCUUAGUCCAAGGGUUGUAGACGGCAUCGAAGACAAUGGGCACACGUUCCAUUUCAACGUGGAGCACAGUGGGCCUAAAGCCAGUACAGGAGGCAGUACCCGAGAUGCCACGCAGGCAAAUGCCACUCUGUUGCUAGAGACAGAGGAGGUCAGGCAGAGCAUCAGUCAGCUCAACCAUAAGAUGGGCACAUUAAACCAGGAAGUAUCUGAGCUCACCAAGGGCCUGCACCACAUGAUGCACCUCCUCCAGGCUCACAUAUCCAUGCAUCACUACAAAGCCUCCCUCCCCUCAUACCCUUAUGGCAUCCAAAUGGUGUCGAGCCCUCCCACAGGCCCCAACGCUGGCAUGUCGUUCAACCUAGCGUCAGCCUACCACCUCCAUAACGAUCCUGGGGGCCACGAAGGUCACAACCACCAAAAUGUCCCACCCACUGGCCACUGGAGCUACAGUGGAGCUGCUGAAACCCGAACUGAGAGCCACCACCAGCCUCAGUCCGCCAGUCCGCCUGCUAACUCCUGCCCGCACCCCUCUCUAAACUCUGCGCCCAGGUUAGGCUCGUGUCAUAGCUCUGAGAGCAUGACCACACAUCUGUGGACCAGCCCUUCACUCCUCAGCGUCAGCCCAGGCUUCCAGGGUGGAAGUCCAGGCAUCACACCUCAUGCUGGGCAUGAAGACUCUGACAACAGACCUCUCAGUGCUAGUCCAACUACCAUCAGCCAGUCCCAGCCCACUUUGUGCCUGCAGCCUCCCGGUGAUAGUGAUGACUACUCUUGCCUUUUGUCUGGUGCCCCCACAGGCAGGUCCACACACAGCCUGCUGGACCCAUCACUGAGCUCUUACCCCCAUCUCAACCUGCCCUCAGAGUCCCAUCUCAACUUAUCACAGACCUCACAAGAGAACAUUUGUGUUCUGAUGUCCACCCCAGCAUCUCAUAAUCUGAUCCACGACACCUCCAUCUUCCAAAAGGAGGACUCACACCCCUCUAUUCACCCUGUCUCUGCCUCUCCGCCCGCAUUGCCCAGCCACCCUCUCGGAUCCUCACUGGAUUCAGGGUCGCCACGAUUGGACGCUCUCGAGCCCGGUCUCCCACUGGGCGACCCAUCUGCCAUAGAACACACCAGUCUGGAGUGCCUACUGGGGAAAGGGAGCUCUAUGGAGAGCCGGGACAGCGAGAGCGCAUCGUCGCGAAGGUCCAGCAUCGGCGUCCAGACACAGAGCACAGAGCAGUCGUGGUGCCUGGACCUCACUGAUUGAACUGUACAUGUUUCAGGGGCAGACUCAGCGACUUCACUGCAACUGGAAACAAAAGCAGCAGUUACUGAAAUGCAACUUCUUACAGUGUUUAAACAGACUCUGCUGGAGAUUGUCAAUGUGUGCUGUAUUUCCCCCUUUGAAUUCUUGGGCUCUCAUAUUUGUCAAACUCCACGCAAUCUACACCAUUUCUAUGCAAAAGCAUGUCAUUUGUGCAUUAUCUUGGCUUUACGGAAGUGUGUCUUUGAAAAAAAAAAAGCUCCACAGCAGUGGGUUCUAGUAUAUACUGUAUAUUUUUUCCAACAUCCUCAGAGCAAAUUUGCAGUUGAUAAAAACCUGUUACCUUCUUGCAUGGUAAAGUUGUUUAUUCUUUUUCCUAAGGAAAAGGUUUCCAAAUCAAUAUGUAAGCAUUCUACAUGAAAACCUGUUGAUAGUGCACACAGAUACUGUAUUUAUAUGGCAGACAGGUCAGAGUGGUUGGAUGUUUUAACACACAGAGGAACAAAAAUGACACAUGCUUCACUUUGCGCAUAGAGAAUAGAGUAUGUGUAUCACACAGCAUAGAUUGUUCAUUGUUUUAAACUGAAUGUUUUUCUCAGUUCAGCAUUUUUUAUUUGCAAUUUCAGAGAGUUUUUGGACUAUGAAUAUCUCAUAUCCAAACUCAAAGCAGUACACAUUAAAUAAUUUAUGAUUUCACUUAUAAUUCCAUUGAACAUCUCCUUUUUAUGCAUCUCCUAAAGAUCCUUCAGGAAAUUUGAGUAAAUUUACUAUUUUCUCUUCACCAAGGCAUUAAAUACGAUGCUGGGAAAUAGGUUCAGUUGCUCUUCAUGAAAAAUAAAAUAAAUGAAGAAGGUACAAAUAUCUUUCUCAAGGAUCUACAAUUCUAUAAACACAACAUAGCUGCUGAUAAAUUAAAGAUAAAUAAAAAUACACAUUUAGUUCAAAAGUGGGUCUCAUGAAAUAUUUAAUACUGUUAUUAAUUUACAAAAUGUGAAUGCCUCCUGGGAUAAAAACAUGAGCUCGCAAUACUCAUACAAUAUUCAGAGUAUUCAGGAACUUGAUUGAUUUCUCCUCGGCUGACAAAAUAAAGAAUGCAGAAAAUUGCUCACUGUGUCCUUUACUGUGGUGUCACACUUUGUUUCUGCAUUUUAUUCUGAAAAACA